UUCCUCACCAUGCAGUUGAGGCAUUGUUGUUACAGUUUAACGGUUUAUGAGAAAUUUACACACAAAGACUUGCUUAAACAUACAGCUAACUCCAUCAGGAAAUUAAUCAAAACCUAGAUACCCAGACUUAACAACCACAAACAUGAAUGAGAAAAAAUGUAAGACGAUACAAUUGGAAGCUCGAGAAACGACGCAAUGGUUGAAGGGUAGAUUGUGUCCUAUAAGAAAAGAAACAUCGUGGUUUGUCAAACCCUUUUCUGAGCUUCCAGAUGGCUAUGAAAAAACAAAAGAUGUCUUUUUGUACCCAAACUACAUUUCGAAAGAAGUUCUACCGGUUGCUGAAGGAGACAUUUUGGAAUUUAUACUUGGAGAUAGAGACAAGUCCAGACCAAUGGCUAUUAAAGUACGCGUGUGUCAAUAUUCGCCAAGAUUUCAAAAGGACGUGGUCAAGUACGUACGGGGAUUGAACAUGGACUUGAAUAGUGCCAUGCGCAGGACAGUUUUAACCCAAGUUUUGCCCGGCACAUCCAUGUGGAAAUAUCUUGGGUCACCAGUUUUUCGAAACAAUCAAGAUGAUGAAUCGGUAAACAUGUCGUAUAUUGAAGCAUUAAUAGAACUUAUACAGCUGCUUCUUCAGCAUGGAAAAGCUUACCCAUCUCUACAAGAAGAGGCAAUAAAAAACAUAACACGUGGUACAGUUUUUCAAGACACCAAAGAUGAGCAUUUGUUGAGCAUUCCUAAAAUCAUCCUAUCUUGCAACUAUACCCAAACCGACAAAUUCUACAUGGAAAAAGAAGACAAAUUUCUUUCUGCACAACUCUUGCGCAAUACUUGCCAAGAAGCAAUCUGCAAAGUCCCAACUAUGACUCGCUUCCUUCUACCAACAAUAAAUGCCUUGAGCACUAAAAUACAAAGUAGCUCAACACAAAAGUUUUUAUGCACUCUUUUGUCGUUGAAUUGUCGAGGAGAUAAUGGCUUUGUCGUGAACGGAUGUAACUGGUUGGAUUUACCUUUGAUACCAAAUGAAGAAGAACUUCACGGCAAUUUGAUAGAGAAAGACAAAAACCUGACACCAGUGAGGCUGAACACUCCUUACGACAAUCCUGAGCAAUAUAUGGAUACGUAUUUUCGGUUGACUCGUGCAGAGGCCUUCUCUGCAAUACAACAUGGUAUCAAAGAUCUGAAAUCGUCCACUCUUGAUUUUCGAGAUAUGAAUGUUUACUAUAAUCUUCAUCUAGCUGGUUUUGCACUUCAGAAUGGUCGGUUCUCUCUGGCAAUUCACUUUACACCAACCAAAAAAGUGAAAGAAUGGGAAGCUUCCCCCCAACUUAUGUAUGGCAACCUGGUGUGCAUCUCACUAAACAGGAAGUUUGAUGACGUCAUAUGGACAACUGUUUCCACAAGGGAUACAGAUCUGCUAAAUGAAAAUCAGAUAAUCGUGCUAGACUUGUUAGACGAGAAUCGCAAGAGUAUAAGUGAAAUCGUAAUCUCGCUUCAAACACAUGCAGGUUUUGCUGUGAUGGUGGAAUCUCCUACAUAUUAUCAUUCCUUGAGUCCAAUCUUAAAAAGUCUAAAAGAAUUCGACAUGGAGAACUUUUCUUUGCAAAAAGAGAUCGUGUACACAAAAGCAUCAAAAAAACUUCCAGAGUAUUUAAGAGAGGCGACAUUAGAUACGUCGGUAGUUUUCCAGGAGACUUCCAAUAGGGACGAUGACUCAGAAGGAAUUUAUUCCAAUGAAUCGUCAGAGAAUAGUGAUGAUGAUGAUGACGAUGGCUCGGAGACACUUCCGGAGUACAUAAGCAAGGAAACGUUUUCUAAAUUUGCGCUUUCCCGCAAGAGUCUCAUUGAUGACACUGAUGUCAUUCAUUCAAAUGAAUUGUCCGAGAAUAGUGAUGACAGUAGUGAUGACGAUAAUUCAAAUAUACGUUCAGAGUAUUUCGGCGAGGAGAAUGACAUAGAAGACACUUAUUCCAGUGGAUCUUCAAAGAAUAUUGAUAAAGGCAUUGAUGAAAUUAAACAUAGUUCAGGGGAAGCUCUUGGAGGGCACAUGAAAGUUAAGCAAUUCUUAAAAGUUUUCAAGGGAAGUAAAAAUACAUCUUUGGAAGAAAGUCAAAGAAUAGCGCUCAUGCAUGUAUUGAAGAACAGAAUUGGCAUCAUCCAAGGUCCACCAGGUUGUGGUAAAACGUUCAUUGGUGUGAAAAUAGUUCAGUUGUUGCUAUCACUUUCUCCAAAAUUGGAAAAACCAAUUUUAUUGUUGACGUACAAGAGCCACGCUCUUGACGAGUUUCUCAAACACAUGUUGGAGUUUUGCGACAUAAAUGAUAUCGUCAGGAUUGGAAGUCGAUCAAAAGAGCCUAAAUUAGAAUCUUGUAACUUAAAAAAUUUUCGGAACGAAAGUACUUACGAUUCAGCCACGAACGCUAUGAUAAAAAUGACUUCCGACGAAAUCAACAACAUUGAGGAAAAAAUUAAGGAAAUUUCAAAAGAAUUGGAAAGAAACUCGUAUAUUACUCAAAGUAGUCUCGUUGAUGAGAUGAAGGAAGAGCAACUGAAAUCGUUUAUUGCUGACGCUCCAUGGGGACAAGGUAGAUUGGUUUACAAUAACUCCGAGAAAAUGUUCAUUGAUAAAAGGUGGAUGGAGUUACAAUUACAAAAAGCCGUGAUACAAUAUGGUUCAGUUUCAGAAUGCCUUCAAAAGGCACUAUCUCCCGGUUUAUCACAAAAUGAGAUCGUUGGUUAUAAUUGUAUCUAUGCUUUCCAAACAGUGUUGGAUUAUUGGAUUCCAAAAAGAAAGGAGUUACAAAUGAAACAGUUUCAAUCUGAAUUUAUAUUACAGAUUAAAGCAGAAAAUACAAGCAGGAAAGAAACGGAACAAUUUGAAGAUUUGACAGAUGGAGAUGACAGCGGUGACGAAGAUUACGUAAAACAGCUCACAGAAACUAGAAUAGAGGCAGCAGCAAAACAGAUUAGUCGUAAAGAAGACCUAAUUCUAUUCGAUUUAGAAAGCAAAGGGAGUGGAAACGAACGACUGCUUGAUUUGUCCGACUACCCUCCUGAUAUGGUGGCGAGUUCACAAAUACGCUCAGUACAAAAUAUGUGGAGUUUCAACGAGUUUGAAAAAUUACAGUUUCUUUAUGCUAUAAUGAACGACAAAACAAGAAGCUUGUCCCAAGAAUUAAACGAUUUAGUUGAUCAAUUACAGACACUGAGAGGUCAAAAAGAAGAGUUGGAAAUGACAGGUAAAGUUGAGUACUUGUCAAGCAAAAAGAUUAUUGGUGUUACCAUCACCGGAGCGUCCAUCAAUCACGUCUUACUUCACGAAAUUGGCCCAAGUGUGAUCGUUGUUGAAGAAGCCGCUGAAAUACUCGAACCUAGCUUGCUGGCUGCGCUCACUCCAUCCAUUCAACAUCUCAUACUUAUCGGGGAUCAUAAGCAACUUAGGCCACAAGUCGACACAUAUGAGUUGUGCAAGACGUUUCAAUUUGAUAUUUCCAUGAUGGAAAGAUUGAUAGAAUCUGGUUUCCCAUACAAAUCCCUCAAAAAGCAAAACCGAAUGCGUCCCGAGUUUUCAGCAUUGCUCAAAGAUAUUUAUCCACAUCUUCAAGAUAAUCUUCCUUUGGUGUCACAGAAUGAGCCGUUAAAAUGUAUUGAGAAAUCCAUGUUUUUUUGGUCUCACAAUGAUCCUGAGAUUAAAGACAGAACUUACAGCAAUCCCAAAGAAGCCGAACGAAUCAUACAACUCGUUCAAUAUUUGUUAUGUAACGGUAUACAGCCAAAAGAUAUCACGGUGCUAGCAGCAUACUCAGGCCAAACAAAACUACUACGACAUUUAAUCAAAGCUAAAAAUGAGAAAAUAAAAAAGCAUCAAGAUAACGAAGAUGAUUGGAAUUCUUUUGUUCAAGUGCAAACAAUCGAUAUGUACCAGGGUGACGAAAACAAAUACGUUAUAAUCUCGUUGGUUCGUUCAAAUGAUGAAAACAAGAUUGGGUUCUUGAAAAAGAUGAAUCGCCGUUGCGUAGCUCAAUCGAGAGCAAAAUGUGGCAUGUACUUUGUAGGAAAUGCAGGUACACUACGUGGUGCUAAGAACUCUUGCUGGUCUUCUUUCAUCACAUCGUUAGAAGAGCAAGGAUGUGUGGGUGAUAAGAUACUACUGCAGUGUUUCAAACACAGUACGUCAAAGUAUUUGGCAAAGAAUGGUGAUAGCAUCUGCGAUUUGAUUGAAGAGCCAACGCUACUGUGUAAAGAACGAUGCGGUGAUUACUAUUCUCAUUGUGAUCAGCAUCCAUGUAGGUUGUCUUGUUUUCCCAGACACAACCACUUUAAGUGCCAAGUGUCCGUUAGAGACACAUUUCCAGAUUGUGGCCACUAUGUAAAGCGAAAAUGUCACAUGAACAUCGACCAAUUAAACUGUCAAACAAAGGUAACAGUGAAGCUUGAUUGUGGUCACAAGAUUAAGAAAAAAUGCUGGCAAGAUGAACAUAAAUUGAAAUGUAAAGUAAUUGUAACGGCAACCUUUCCCACAUGCGGCCACACGAUCGAGAAAGAGUGCCAUGAAGAUAUUAAAUGUCCAUAUCCUUGUAAAAAAAUGAACUCAUGUGGAAUCCAUCAAUGUCAGAAGACAUGUGGAGAACCUCAUGGACACGAUACAUGUGAUGUAAAAAUUAAUUACGUCUUUCCAGACUGUGGUCAUCCUUCUCCAAAGAAGAAAAAAUGUUCAGAACCAAUAACUUGGAAAUGUCGCUACAAGGUACCCUUUAAAUGCAAAUAUGGCCACGAAAUCCAGAAGGAAUGCUGUCAAAAUGACAAGGAAGUAAUAUGUCCUGUUAAACCUUGUGGCAGGUUACGUAAAUGUGGUCAUCCUUGUGAAAAUGCUUGCGGGGAGGAUUGCGAAAAAGGAGAAUGUAAGCAUUGUCAAAAAUUAUAUCGAAAAAAGAUGGGAAAAUUCCGCGCUGCAGCGAGGAAGCGAGUUAAUGAACUUGAAGAGAAGAUGAAAUUCGCAAAAAUUCCUAAGUUUUCAAGAGAUCAGUUACGUGCCAGUGAUUCUACGGCUGCAGAGUAUCAGAAAGUGAAAGAUCAAGUCAUGAAAUUUAUUCAACCUUGUCACAAAUGGUUUCCAAGAAUCACAAAAAUCGAAAAAGUCACAAAUCUUGAACUUGAGCAAAAAUUCGAAACAGCUAAAUCGAAGGCAUUUGGUGACUAUAUUGACACAAAAUUUCAUGGUACCUCAAACGAAGCUUUGCGAAAUAUUGUUAGAAAAGGCUUCAAAAUGCCUCCAGCUAAGCCCAGACUACCAAAUAAACCUGGAAUGUUUGGUCAAGGAAUCUACUUUGCAACAGAUUCUUCGAAAAGUGCUCAAGAUAUCUACACAAAAGGUUCUCAGACGUUGCUCCUGUGUCAGGUCAUUCUUGGAAAGUCAUUGACAGUGAAGGAAGCGGAUUAUACUUUAAACAAGAAAAAACUGAGAUCCCAAAACUGUGACUCCGUGUACGCCCCACGUGGAACAGCUGUGAUGAAUGACGAAUUUGUUAUUUUUGAUCCAGAUCAAGCUCUUCCACAAUACAUCGUUCACUAUUCUAUUAGCAAAGAUGUCCUCCCUCCAUCACCUUCAAUCCUUACCACAGAGUCGUUCCGGAUUAAAAAGAUGCAUCCAAGUAGAGAGGUGAAUUUUCAAGAUCCUUUUGAGAUGUAUUACCAUUUUGCCGAAUCCCACUUUCGACGAAUGUCUGCCAACAGCAGUUUACAGAAUGUAAACAUCACUGCCAUUGAUAUUGUCGUCAAUAAGGAUCUUGAAGAAAAGUUUGAAGAAACAAAGAAGAAAUUUCGUAAUGAAGGUAUUCCAGAUAAAGAAAUUCUCGCAUAUCAUGGAACAGAUAAGAAAAAUAUCGACAGUAUUCUCAAAAAUAAUUUGCAGUUGAAUUUUGCACGAAGGCAAGCCUAUGGUCGUGGAAAUUAUUUCUCUGAGUUUCCUGAAGUCAGUAUUGGUUAUGGCGAUGGGUUAUUGCUAUGUCGAAUUCUUCCUGGAAAGGAAUAUGAAGAUUCAUCACAACAUGGCAUACCUUCUAGUUAUAAUUCAAAGAAAGUUGUCAGGCAAGGUUUUCGUGGACGUGGUGCAAGUGUUGUUGCUUCUGUUUCCUCAAAUAACAGUGGGGAUAUUAUUAUUAUCGAAAACUCUGAUCAAAUUUUACCUUUCUUUGUCAUCCAUCGUUAAAAUGACAAGACAUUUCACCAUACAAACAUAAAGCACUUUAUUGGAAUGAACAUUCAACAAAGAAAGACUAAUCAAGGGACACUUUAACUAAAUUCAUAUGGAAAAUUUACUGAAGACAGAAAAAUCUAUUGAUCUAGGAAAGAAAGCAUGUUGAACCUUGAUCGUUGAAACAAAAACAAGAUUUCUUACUUUUGAAAUAAUAAUUAAAAAAUAUUGUCGCGAACAUCCCACAUAUAACGGACGAAGGAAUGUCGUAUUUUUAUAUUAAAUUCAUUAAUGUUUGUUUGUGCCUGUCUUUUGAUGAUGCAGACAAUGUGACUUUUCGGCUAAAUUUCGCCAAAUGUAGUUGUUAAACAGUUGUUUCGGCUAAAUUUCGCCAAAUAUGUAUAGUUAUCGUACGAGUGUUGAAAUCUAUGCGGAACAAAACGGUGAAAUAAAAAUCAUAUGCCUAAAA